UUUGUCUCUUUUCAUUUUAAACUUACCUGAAGGCAAAUUUGUAAUUUUGCUAUCACUCCAAAAUAAGAUUUCAGACAAUUAGCAUCCUAAUAAGCUCCGAUCAAAAAUCCAAUCAAAAAAAUAUCUGAAUAAUGUCGUUAAUAAAAUUAGAAAAAUCGGAAACGGUAGUAAAACAAGAUGAAAAUUGGGAUCAAAAUGUGGGAAAUAAACUUCAAAGCGAGGCAACUUUUCAAUUGAAAAUUGUAAAUUUCAGUAAAGUAACAAAGGAUAUUUUCUCGGAUGAGCAUUACGUUAGAGGAUUACUAUGGAAAAUUAAGGCUAAGACUGAUUAUGAUAGCAAAACGUUGCGAUUCCAUCUAUGCUGUGAACCAGAUAUCGAUUCGAAUACGUUUCGAGAUGAUUUAAAUUGGAAUUGUUCGGCUACUGUUGACUUGAGAAUGAUAAGCUUCAAGGAGAAUGUGAAAAAUAUGUCUAAAACUUAUCAUUGUACUUUCUCCAAUAUAAGUGCUAGCUGGGGUUACUCUUCAUAUCAUAUCCUCACAGAUAUUCUCGAUCCAGAUCAAGGUUAUGUAAAGGACGAUACGGUCAUCUUAGAAGCACAUAUCCAAGCUCAUGCACCAUAUAAUGCCAAUUGGGAUUCAAAAAAAAUGACAGGCUAUGUAGGACUUAAGAAAAAUGAAAAAACAUGUUACAUGAAUUCUGUUCUUCAAACUCUCUUCUUCAUCAAUGAAUUUAAACAGAAAGUUCAUGAAAUUCCAACAAAAAUUGAUGAUGUUAAUAAUUCUGUUGCUCUUGCUUUACAACGAAUUUUUCACGAUCUGGAAUUCUCCAGCAAACCAGUUGGUACUAAAAAGUUUAUAAAGAGUUUGGGAUGGGACCAAGACUUGUAUGCCCAAGAUGGGGCUCAUGCGUUUCUUCAUGUUCUUCUGGAAAAACUUCAAACAAAAAUGAAAGGUUCAUCAUAUGAAGGAACAAUCGAUAAACUCUUUGCAGGGAAAACAAUUUCUUAUAUUACGCACAAAAAUUUAACUUACGUAGGCACAAAAAUGGAAACAUUCUUCAGUAUUCAAUUGAAAGUCAAAGGAAUGGCUAAUUUAACCAAUUCAUUGAAUGACUACAUUUCAACGAAAAUCAUAAAUUUUGACUCAGAUAAAGCGGAAAAACGUGUCAUCUUCACAUCGUUUCCAACAAUUCUUCAUUUCCAUUUACUUCGUUUCGAAUACGAUCCGAUUGCAGAAGAAUCUGUGAAGUGCAAUGAUGUCUUCAAAUUUUAUGAAAAUCUAGAUUUAAAUAAGUUUUUAAAAAAGGCAAAAAAUACGCCGGUUAAAUACGUUCUCUAUGCAGUUCUAUCCCAUUCAGAUAGUGAACAUGAUGGACAUUACGCUGCUUUCAUUAAUCCAAAACUCGAUGGAAAUUGGUUCAAAUUCCAUGAUGAUGUAGUGUCAGAUGUUGCAAAAUCAUCAGCAAUUGACUACAAUUAUGGUGAUAAUCGAGAAUUCACUAAUGCUUAUAUGCUUGUUUACGUUCGUGAAUCGAUAGUCAAUUAAAAGCAAAAUGUUAACUUGAUGUCACAUUUAUGUAUAAAAUAAAGUUUCGUUAAAUUUAAACUUAAAAGUUUAAGUCGAAUUA